UGGCAACGUGGCCCCCGGAAGGGUCUCGUGUCCUCUCGCGUGCCCUCUCCAGUCAAGGCCGGCUGCAGUGGCCCUGCCCCUCCGGAGCCACUGUGGCUCCAGCCUCCUGCGCGUGCCCGGCAUGCCUCCGCGCGCGGGAGGCCCCUCGCGGGUGCCGCGACCCGCGCCCGACUGAGCCGCGGGCCUGGCGCCCAGCUGGGGUGUGCGCCAUGGCGCGGGUGCUCGUUGCGGACUCGGUGUACCAGGUCUGCACGUCGCACGCGCUGAUGACUGAGCGCGAGGAGGUCAUGGGGCUGCUGCUGGGGCGCAUCUCCGGCGAGGAGGUGCAUGUCUGGCACUCCGUCACGCUCCACCGCAGCGACAAGCGCCCCGACCGCUGCGAGAUCUCGCCCGAGCAGCUUGCCGGGGCGGCCUCGAGCGCCGAGGCCAUCGGCGAGAAGGUCGGCUUCGACACCCGGGUGGUGGGGUGGUACCACUCGCACCCGGUGCGUACGCAUCACCUGCUUGCCGAGCCACGUGGACCUGCGCACGCAGAUGAUGUACCAGGGCAUGGAGCGCUCGUUCGUCGGCCUGAUCUUCGCGGUGUUCAACUCGGACCCCGCCAGGGGCUCCGCCAGGUACGAGCUGCUCGGCUUCCGGGCGGAGGAUCGGGGCCGGCCGGGCCAGCCGCUGCAGCAGGUGCUGCUGGACGUGCGGGUGGCCGCGCUCGGCGACCUGCUGCCCUGCGCGGACGAGAGGCUGCCGGAGGCCGCCGAGGCCCUGGGCGGCAGCCUCGGGCACCGCGGGGUGGUGGCCACGGCGAGGGCCGGCUUCGAGGAGAUCCACCUGCACCGCGCAGCCGAAGCAGCAGGAGUCGCACGCGCGCAGAGACGCCAUCCCGCGGGCGCUGGGCACAGCGGAGUACAUGCGGCAGGUGGUCCAGUUCGUCAGCGAGGAGCUCUCGCCGCUCCAGCCCUUCCUGGAGGACGCCCGCCACAACGCCGAGGUGAUGGCGGCCGUCGACCGCAGACACUGCAGGUUCGCCAAGGCCCUCCCGGCGGAGCGGUGGUCCAGCAAGUGGCACCCUGCGGCGGCUGGCCCUCCGCAGGAGGCACCCGCCGCGCAGGGGAGCACCGCCAGGAGGUCGCCCCGCGUGGGCCCCGAGGAGCCCGCGCAGCCGCUGCAGCCCGAGCACAGGGAGCACAGGGCGUCGCUGCUCCGCAGGUCCCGGGCGAACGACGCAUCGCUGCUGGUGCUCGACGACGCCGAGCCCCCCGCCGCGGGGCGCGUGCCGUCGCCGGAGCGCGAGCGGGCGGCCCCGCCACAGCAGGCUCCGCGGUUCGACCCCACCAGGUGCAUAGCCAUCACGAAGUGGGGGGUCCAGUGCGAGAACAAGCCGAAGAGGAACCUAUGCGAGGAGCAGGAUUGGGAGUACUGCGGGAGGCACACCUCUUACAGUCGUGGCGGCGACACCGUGCAUCCUAACUGCCCCCACGGCGACAUGAACGACGUGGUCCCAGCCGCCUCCCCCGCACCCGCGCGCGAGGAGAUGCGCGAGCUGAACAGGACGGAGCUCGGGACCAUCCGGCAGUUCACGGGCACCGGCGUCAUCGUUGCGGAGCGCAUCGGCGGGGAGCAGAAGACGUUCGAGACCAAGCACUCCGACGAGGACGAGGCCUACAUGCAGGCGCAGAUGUUCCUCCAGCAUGUCGCGCACGUCGUCGACGGCGCGCCUGCCGCCAGCAGCGGCGACGCCCCGGCGCGCCAGCCACGGGCGGCCGCCGCGCUCCUCGCCGAAGCCGGCUCCUCGCCCGCGGGCGCCGCGGCGGCCCCCGCCGCGCCCGCCCGCCCGAGCGAGGCGAGCGCCGAGCCCGCGGUGCGCAGCAGGGCCGCGGCCGCGCCCGCCGCGCAGCGGUCCGCGCCCGCGGCCGAGGCCCGCGGCAGGGGCGCUGCCGCUGCGGCGGCCGAGGCCGCCGGCGGCGCGGGCGGUGCCCCGGGCGGCCUGCCGCGGCCGGAGCGGGAGGCCGCGAGCAGGGCAGGCUUCACAGGCCCGCCGUGGUGGAGCGAGCGGGCCCUCGAGGGGAGGACGGGCACGCGGGCGUUGCGGCCGUUCGAGGCCAUGAUGGAGCAGACGGGGCCCGAGGGGAGAACGGGCACUGAGGUUUUGCUUACCGUGUUGGCCCUCCACGGGGCCCUCCACGCCGUGAGCGAGCAGAUGGGGCCCGAGGGGAGAAAGGGCAUUGACUGA